AAGAACAUCGGCAUCGUCUCGGCGGGCGCCAUGGGCGUCAGCCUGAUGAUCGGCUCUGGGAUCUUCUCCACGCCAGCGUCCAUCCUGCGGCUCGUCGGCUCGCCAGGCAUGUCCCUCGUUCUCUGGUCCCUCGGCUGCAUCAUCUCCCUCGGCGGCGCCUCGGCAUUCAUCGAGCUCGGGCUGAUGUACCGGCAAAACGGCGGCACCAUGCGGUUCCUCGCGCAUGCAUUCCCGCGACCCCACGCGUUGCUCUCGUACCUGUUCGCCUGGUCCAUGUGCGUGUGUAUCCGGCCAGGCGCCAUUGCGGCCAAUGGCCCGGUGGUCGGCAAAUACUGGCUGUACGCCGCGGGAGUUAAGGACGAGUCCGGGUGGCGGGCACGCGCCAUGGGGCUGCUGUGCAUUAGCGCGGUCACGGCGCUUAAUAUGGGCUCGGCCAAAUGGGCCUUGAGGCUGAUCAACCUGCUGACGGCGCUGAAAAUCGCCGUGCUGAUGUGCAUUGUCGGCGGUGGCGUGGCUGCGGCCGCCGGCAGUGUGCGGGGCGUGGUCGGGGGGCAGGGCGUCUGGCGGGCGGCCUUUGCGGGCACAUCCGGCGACGUGCACGCGUACUCGGGGGCAUUGACCAAGGUGUUCUGGGCAUACGACGGGUUCACCAACCUAGUGUACUCGCUGGGGGAGCUGCGCCGCCCCGAACGCAACCUCCCCUGGGCCAUCGGUGGGUCUGUCACCCUUGUGGGCAUCCUGUAUGUGCUGGCGAAUCUCUCGUUUUUCAUCGUUGUGCCGAUGGACGUCGCCGUGGGGUCGGGGGAAAUUCUCGCCGCGGAGUUCACCUCCAGGGUAUUCGGGCCCCUGGUCGGCCGCACGGUGCUCCCGGCGGCCAUUGGCCUAUCUGUGCUCGGCGCCAUAUGCUCGCAGACCUACGGGAUCGCCAGGCUUCUAGACUCCGUCACCCAAGUGGGCUUUGUGCCUGGCGCGCGCCGGUGGAUGCUAUGCGGGAACCACCGCAGGCUCGGCACGCCCGUCAAUGCGCUCGCGGCCACGUACGCCCUCACCCUGCUCUACCUCCUGGCGCCCCCGCCCGGCCAAGUGUUCGAUCUUUUGGUGGAUUUCGUCCAAUGGAGUACCUGGCUGUUCUACGGCCUAGCGGCCCUUGGCGCCUUCGUCUUGAGGUUCACUGCGCCGCGACAUCCGGGGAGGUCGUUCCGCUCCGUGCACCUGUUCAAUGCGCUGUUUGUGCUCUUCUGCCUGUACAUCACUGUGUUCCCCUUUGUGCCGCCGUCCAAAGCGGAGGAGGCCAGGCAGCAGCCGUAUGCCUUUUACUUGUCGCCGUUGCUCGGCUUGCUGACCACCGCUGCUGGACUGAUUCCGUGGUAUUUCCGCAUGGUCUGGUGGCCGCGGAGGGCCGGCGUGGAUCUUUUG